UUUGAAUUCACGAGGAAAUAGGAAGUGAAAUGUACUAAAUACCAAAUACCGACGGAUAAGAGUACACGUACGCGUUUAUUAUGACGCAACCAUCAUUUUAUACGUGAUAUAUAUAUCUGAGAAUUGAAUUGUAGUUACAUCUGACGAGUUGCUUGUACCAGAAAACCGAGGCAUUGUUUUAAAAGAGUUACACAUAAAGUUGCGUGUGGUUUGAAGAACGUCUGUGCAAGAUGACUGAAGCAGAGCUGGAGACGCUGAGGGUUCCUCCGUCCCUGUCCGCCAAGGUGGAGGGGUCGUUUGCUUAUCUGACCAUAAGAGACAGACUGCCCACCAUCCUGACCAAGGCCGUCGACUCCAUCCAUCGCAACAAAGACAAGUUCUUUGAGCAGUAUGGCGAGGAGGGGCUCCGGGCAGAGAAGGCGGCCAUCGGCCUGCUGUCCAAGCUGAGGAACGAGCUGCAGACAGACAAGCCGGUGCUGCCCCUGGUGGACGAGCUGGAGGACGCGGAGGGCUGGAACCUCUACCUGCAGCGCCACGAGGCGCUGCAGGGGGAACAGGACCCCGUCAGCUGGUUCCGGUCCCCGUGGCUCUACGUUGAAUGCUACAUGUACCGCCGGAUACAGGAGGCCCUCUGGCUGAAUCCCCCUAUCAGCGGGUUUGAUGCGUUCCAAGAGGCCAAGACUCAGAGCUACUUUGAGUCCCAGCGGGCGGUCAUGGCUCUGUGCACGCACCUGGAAGGCCUCCGCAAGACCGUGGCAGGGCUCCCUGAAGACCAGCUGCUGGAGCACUUUGACCGACUGCUCCAGGUCUCCUUGUGGGGCAACAAGUGCGACCUGUCCAUCUCGGCCGGCCAGGACAACUCCCAGAAGACCAGUCCCAUCGACUCACUGGCCGAGCUCCGCCCCUUCAUCCUGGUGGACGACACCCGCUCCGUCUGGUCGGCGCUGGUCUCGGCGCGGGACCGGGGAGGCCCGGGCAGGGUGGACAUCAUCCUGGACAACGCAGGCUUCGAGCUGACCACGGACCUGGUCCUGGCCGACUUCCUGGUGGCCUCGGGGCUCGCCCGCAGCGUCCGCUUCCACGGCAAGGCCAUGCCCUGGUUCGUGUCGGACGUGACGGCGCAGGACUUCACCUGGACCGUCCGGCAGACCGUGGCGUCCAACCACAGGUUCAUGUCCGCGAGCGGCGUUCAAUGGCAGCGCUACGUGCGGGAGGGCGUGUGGACCUAUCUGGACCACCCGUUCUGGACGCAGCCCCACCCCUUCUGCGACAUGGCGGCGGACGCGCCGGACCUGCACGCGGGCCUGCAGGGCGCCGCCCUGGUCCUGUUCAAGGGGGACCUGAACUACAGGAAGCUGACAGGCGACCGGGAGUGGGCGCCGACAGCGGCGUUCGCCACGGCGCUGCGGGGCUUCGCGCCGGCGCCGCUGUGCAGCCUGCGGACGCUGAAGGCCAACGUCCAGGUGGGGCUGCAGCCCGGCCAGGCGGAGCAGCUCGGCCAGCGCCAGCCGGACUGGAUGACCUGCGGCCAGUACGCCGUGGUCCAGUUCCACAGCCCCCCCCGCCGGGGACCGUGAGACCGCCGGGCCUCCAGGGGGAGGCAUUGACUCGGAGGGGGUUGGGGGGGGGGGGAACGAGGAUCAAGCGGGGGUUGGGGGGGGGGGGUCCGAGCCAUUGUAUUGGCUAGGGGUGGAGCGGACACAGAUUGUUUGGAGAUGGUAUCCUGGCCGUUUGCGCCGUGCUUGGAAAUAAGAGCCACCAUGCAAGUGGGGGGGGGGGGGGGGGAUCUGUCAUCUUGUUUACCAAUGAAUCUCUUUUUUCUUUUAUUAUGAUUAACUUACUAAAUGUGCACUUUUCACUGUUUGGAAAAUGGGUAACUGGCUGUGCAGAAGUUUCUUUAAAUCAGGGCGGCUCAUAUCUUAAAUCUCAGAGCGUAAAACCAAUGGGUGCAACGUUAAACCUUAUUUUUCUAAGACGAUGUAUGACAAGGUCAGAGACGAUGCAUGAAGUUGAAUGAAUACAAAAAAAAGAAAAUGUCGAAUCUGAACUGAUAAUAUGUGGUGCUGCAGAAAGUAAGGUAAUAUUAAUCCUGUUUAAAAGUGGCGUACUAAACAAUGUUGAUCAAAUAUAGUUUAAAAAAUAGUUUACAGUUUUUGAUAAAAUAAAUAAUGAUUCUCAUAUUUGUAUUAUUAUUUAUAAUUAUUCAUGAGAUUAUGGACCAUGUAUGUAUUGUGGUCUAUUAUCUCAUUUAUUUCGUUCCAAUCAUUACAGUAUUGUUCACAUGUUGUGCUUAUUGUUGGACUGUGUACUUUCAAUAGGUUAAAUAAGGACCCCUACUGGUGCAGAAUGGCACAACGGCAGCGAUAACUGAUUAAAAAAUCAUCUCAAGGAUACAAAUAAAUAUCUCGAUACCAUC